UGCUUUGACACGCUUGCGUAAGAAGUUCCACGUGCAAAUUAUUUUCGGCGUGUAAGGCUGAGUUGCUGCAUUCCUGUUCAAAAUGGCUGGUGCUAUAAGAAGAUUCAAGCCUCUUUUUGACAGAAUCUUGGUAGAAAAAUUCCUUCCAGAAGUYAAAACGAAAGGUGGUGUCUUGCUGCCAGAGAAAAGUCAAUCCAAGGUUCUAGAAGGCACUGUUGUUGCAGUUGGCUCUGGAAUGAGGGAUAAGGAUGGGAAUAAUGUACCUGUGAGUGUUAAUGUUGGUGACAAAGUUCUUCUACCUGAAUAUGGAGGAACAAAAAUUAAUUUGGAAGACAAGGAAUAUCAUGUUUAUAGAGAUGGUGAUAUUUUGGGUAAAUUUGAGGACUGAGCAAGUAAAACCUCUCAUUAAUAUGCAAGAUCAAGGCAGUGCUGCUUCAGCUGACACAUAACAUUAAUGUCAGAAACCUCUAAAAAUAGCUUGGAUGUUUAUGCAUUUUAUAAUGUAUGGUGAACUUUUUCAAACUAUUUUGAAUGUAAGGAGUUUUCUAAUUUUUUCACUUAUGUACUGCAUCUUAAUUACUGCUAAAUCUUCUGAAUGUUGUAAUAACUGAUAGGAGAUUGCUCACUGAAACAAGAUAAUUAUGUUUGUCAUUUGUGAACUAAAGUAGUGAUUGCAAAACUGUGAAAUAAAGUUUGACAUAAAUUGAACAAUG